AUGUCUUCUACCGUGUCAGCGCCCCCCACAGCCACUGCUACAGGGCCGUCCUUCCUCCCACUUGCCUUGGUCGACAAGUGUGUGGGCAGCCGCAUCUGGGUUAUCAUGCGGGGUGAUCGUGAACUGGUUGGAACACUUCGAGGAUUUGACGACUACGUGAAUAUGGUGCUCGAUGACGUUACGGAAUACACAAUCCUUCCUGAUGGUGGAAAGCGUGUCGACAAGAUUGAGUCUAUCCUCCUUAACGGCAGCUCAGUCGCUAUGCUCGUUCCUGGGGGCAGUCCUGAAGCGUAG